CUGGUGCAGGAGGGCGGCGGAGGCGCGCGCGGGGGGCGGCGGUGCCCCCCCACACCCUCAUCCCCACCCCGUCCUCGACACCCCCCCAUCCCGCGGAGAUGCCUUCGGUAGGAGAGGAGUCUCCGAAGUCGGCCAAAAGCACCACAAAGCCCGGCGGCGGCAGCGGGAAGGAUGGCGGGGCUGAGAAUUCGGAAGAGUUCCCAUCUCUAGGAAGAAGAAGGAAGCCUGAAUCUUGCAAUGUAAAGGUGAUGGAGAGCCACCAAAGCCAGAGCACUGUGAUGUCCCCAUCCAAACCCAUGGCCCAGCAGCCGCAGCAGCAGCCUCAGCAGCAGCAACAACAAACAACUUCGAAUAAACGCCCCAGUAACAGCGCUCCCCCGCCAACCCAGCUAAAUAAGAUCAAGUACUCAGGGGGACCCCAGAUUGUGAAGAAGGAGCGUCGACACAGCUCUUCUCGCUUCAAUCUGAGCAAAAACAGGGAACUGCAAAAGCUUCCAGCCCUUAAAGAUGCUCCUCCACAUGAGCGAGAAGAGCUUUUCAUCCAGAAGCUGCGGCAAUGCUGUGUGCUUUUUGACUUCAUCUCUGACCCCCUCAGUGACCUGAAAUUCAAGGAGGUGAAGCGAGCAGGUCUCAAUGAAAUGGUAGAAUACAUCACACACAACCGUGAUGUCGUCACUGAGGCCAUCUAUCCUGAAGCUGUUAUUAUGUUUUCAGUGAACCUCUUCCGGACACUUCCGCCAUCAUCCAAUCCCACAGGAGCGGAGUUUGACCCUGAGGAAGAUGAGCCUACAUUAGAGGCUGCCUGGCCACACCUACAGCUGGUGUACGAGUUCUUCCUCAGGUUCUUGGAGUCCCCUGAUUUUCAACCAAAUAUAGCGAAGAAAUACAUUGACCAGAAGUUUGUACUGUCUCUGCUGGAUCUCUUUGACAGUGAAGACCCCAGAGAACGUGACUUCCUAAAGACUAUUCUGCACAGGAUCUAUGGGAAGUUCCUGGGUCUGCGAGCGUAUGUGAGACGGCAGAUCAACAAUAUAUUUUACAGGUUCAUCUAUGAAACAGAGCAUCACAAUGGGAUUGCAGAACUUCUGGAGAUCCUAGGAAGCAUAAUCAAUGGGUUUGCUCUGCCUCUGAAGGAAGAGCACAAAAUGUUCCUCAUCAGGGUCUUGUUACCACUGCACAAAGUGAAAUCUCUCAGCGUCUACCACCCACAGUUGGCAUACUGUGUUGUACAGUUCUUGGAGAAAGACAGCAGCUUGACAGAGCCGGUGAUUGUGGGCUUGCUGAAGUUCUGGCCGAAAACACACAGUCCCAAGGAGGUGAUGUUUUUAAAUGAGCUGGAAGAGAUCCUGGAUGUGAUUGAGCCAUCUGAAUUUGUGAAAGUUAUGGAGCCCUUGUUCAGGCAGUUGGCCAAGUGCGUCUCCAGCCCACACUUCCAGGUGGCAGAGCGAGCGCUGUACUAUUGGAACAACGAAUAUAUCAUGAGCCUGAUCAGCGAUAACGCAGCCAAAAUUCUCCCGAUCAUGUUUCCAGCGCUCUACAAGAACUCCAAGAGUCACUGGAACAAGACGAUCCAUGGACUGAUCUACAAUGCACUAAAGCUGUUCAUGGAGAUGAACCAAAAGCUUUUUGAUGACUGCACACAGCAAUACAAGGCAGAGAAGCAGAAGGGGAGGUUCAGGAUGAAGGAACGAGAAGAAAUGUGGCAGAAAAUAGAGGAGCUGGCCCGGCUGAACCCUCAGUAUCCCAUGUAUUAUGCACCUCCAUCAUUGCCUCUGGUCUGCUGCAUGGAAACAGAGACCCCGACUGCAGAGGAUAUUCAGCUACUGAAGAAAACAGUGGAGACGGAGGCUGUGCAGAUGCUGAAAGACAUUAAGAAGGAGAAGGUUUUGCUGCGCCGGAAAUCUGAGCUUCCUCAGGACGUCUACACUAUAAAAGCCCUGGAGGCCCACAAGAGAGCAGAAGAGUUUCUCACCUCAAACCAGGAGGCUCUCUGACGGGCUCAGAAGCUGGCCCAAGAAGCUAUGUCCCAUCCCUUUCCCCCAGGGGUCACAGAAAUGCACUCGGUUCUCAUGUAUAAUAAGGAAUGAACAUGGUGAGCCGUGCCUGUCCUCCACUCCAUCCACAUCCCUGCAGGAUAGAUCUGUUUUUAUGUUGUACCUUCUAUCUCACCACUGCCAUCUCCUCCUGCUUCUCCUCCUCCCACACACGCAGUGUGUGUGUGCGAAGGGAACCUGUCUGCCCUGCCGGUCCAGGCAGGGGUUGCUUCAUUUCCAGUUGCUGCCUGGUUUUUGCUCUUCCUGGGAGCCUUGCAGGGCAGGCAGGCGCUUCCUGUGUCUGUGCUAGAAGGAGGGCUGAAGGGAGCUGCUCCGGGCUCUCUGUAAGCAAAGAGAGAACCGAGCCCCUCCGCGGCUCACCUCUGCGGGGCGGCUGAGCCGGGCAGCGGUGCAGAGCAGUUGACCUCUCAGGCUUCAGGAUCAGCCUGAGCUGCCCAGUUCAACCCAGCCUGAGCCAGGUGUGUUGGCUGGAGACUGCCGUGCGUGGCUCAGCGUGCUGCAGCCAUCCCCAGUGCCCGCCUCCGUGUGCCUGCCCCAGUGCUGCUUGCGGUGACCAGAGGCUGAGCGCGUGGUGGGAGCUGCUGGCAGAGUUUGUGGGGGCUCUGCCAGCUCUCCACCCUGCCUCAGGGUGCAGCUCCGCAGUGGGAGGGCUCACGAAUAGCAGGAGAUGUUUGCUUCCGCCUUUCUUUUGCCUCAAGCCCCCCGUUCUGUUCCCCUGUUGGUGGAGUGGGGGUUCAGUGCUUCGCCACCCCCAGUAUAGCUGGGUGCAAGCACUGCAUCUUAUUGCUUCCCUCCUUUUAGAGCAUCCUUAGAAGCUCUCUUGUGGGAAAGUAAAUUCCUUCGGCUCUUUGUGUUGGUCCUCGCUAAGUCGUCUCCAUUCCAAUGUCUUGGGUAGUUGUGGGCCCAGAGUUAACUUCUGCUUUGUAGCAGGUGUCAGCCACUGACUUCUGCUUUCUUCCUCCUCCUCCUGCUCAAUUAAAAUACUCCCGCAGCUUUCCCUCUGUUGUUCCCAUCCUUAGCUCUGCAGUGGCUGUGGGGUUUCUAGGAAGCUUGUGCUGCUAAAGUCAUUUCUGCAAAUUAGUGGAAGCAAUGGAUACACGUUUACGGGGCCAGGCCAAGUUUGUGCGUGUUCAGUUGUCUCCUCUUUAUGACCAGUGGCGAGAUGCCACCAUCGAAUUGCUUCUGUAGGUGCUCUGAGCAGUUUGCCUCGCCUCUUCCUUCAGCACCUGCUGUGGCCCGAGGCCCUCGUUAGCUGCGUGGCGCAGCAGGGAAGUGCUGUGCUGUGCUCAUUUAGCAUUUAGAGCGCACUCAAUAGCCCAGGGGCUCGUGCAGCACUUGGCUGCUACUGUGAUCCAGCUCUCGGAGCUCUGUCUCCUACCUUCUUGUGGUGCAGAUUCAAUCCCAGGCCAAGGCGAUAAGUAAGGGAGUGGUCUUUGCUUCUUACUGCUGCGCUUGCUUGCUUGACACAUAAGCUUGAGUGGGAUGGCAGUAGUGCAGGGAGCUUACGGAGUCGGUGCCGGUCGGACACUGCUUUGCAGCAUCCAUAGGUCAUUGCAGAAGGUCCUGGUGUACCUGCUUUGUCCCCACCAGCAGACCCCUUCCAGGUCGGAGCUGGUGUGCAGCGCAUCUCCUUUCCUCCCUCCAAACCAAGCUGAUCCCUCCCUGUGUAUCCAGCGCCCCCUGCUCCCUUUAGGCAUGCCAGCAUCUCUUGGGAGCAGCUGCCAAGCGUGAGGGGACGGAUCACCCACACCGCGCAGGACCCCGCCUCCCCUGGCUCCGUGCGCCGGGCCGGUUCAUCAGGAGACUUACAAACACCUCAGGGAGGUUAUUGCUUAUUUAGAACAUGACUCUGAGCUCAUGGUCAGCUGCCAGUCGAUUACCUCACGUGAGCCUGGCACAGCACGUAGACACGCGCCGGAGGCGGCGGCGGGGCUGCAGCUGAGGGUUGCUACCUGCAGCUGGGCUGGGGAUGCUCCUUCCUCGUCCCGGGGCUGGAGCAGCACUGCUGGGAGCAGGCCGUGCGCAGGGCAGGGCGGUGAUGCGCGGUGCCUACGUGCUGUGCGGCUGCCACGUUCUCGUAGCUUUGUGUGUCGCGUUCCGGGUCAGGGACCUCACGCUCGGUACCUUACAUUGCCAUUAGUUUACUGCCUCCUCAUUCCAGUCCUGGACUUUGAAGAAGGGGACCACGGGAGGUGGGGGGAGCACGUGAGUGUUCUCUGCCGCCCGCAGGCCUGCAUCUGCCACACUACAGCUGCCCCUCACUCCACACCCGGUCGGUAGCGUUAAUGCUCAUCUCUGCCUUUGCCUUUCCCCACAUCAGCCAAACGGACAGAACUGGAGCUGCCUCUUCCACGUCACGUGGCCCCUCCUCGGAGGGAACGAGCAAAACUAACUACUGCGUUCACCCCCUGGACACAAGUAUUAAGCUGCUUACAGUUCAUAUGUACAUAUGGUGUACUUUAUUUUCAGUAGAGCAUUACAUAGUAUGAAAGUGUUGGAUUUUGUACAGAUGUCCCUGUAUGUACAGUACUAAAUAAAACCGAUCUCUUGGAAAGACA